CGUAUUGGGAAAUGCACAAGUGCCAACGCUGUAUCCAAUCGUUUACUGCUCAGAUGGUUUUUGUGAACUUACUGGUUUCACAAGAGCGCAAAUUAUGCAGAAGGGGUGCGCAUGCAAGUUUCUGUACGGAACCGAAACUAAAGAAGAGCACAAAAGUCAGAUAGACAAAGCCCUCGAACUUAAGACUGAACUCAAGUUGGAAGUUAUUUUCUACAAGAAAAAUGGUACUCCAUUCUGGUGUCUGCUGGAUAUUGUCCCGAUUAAGAACGAGAAGCGGGAAGUGGUGCUUUUUCUUGCAUCGUUUAAGGACAUCACGCAAACGAAAAUGGCCGAAAUGUCUGAAAGCGAACUCUACGAUAGCACCACACUUGGUGACCCUCUUCUUCUCCCGUUACGAACAGCGGCAGUCCUCGGAGCAAGAUUCAGAGGCGGCGACGGAUAUUUCGGAGCGGAUGCCAACGGCAACUUGGAUCCAGAAGCGCCCCCAGCCAACUACGGACGCCGCCGUUCCAGAGCCGUCCUCUACCAACUUUCCGGCCAUUACAAACAGGACAAGAUGAAGUCCAAACUUAAACUUAACAACAAUCUGCUUAGUUCUACUCCUGCUCCUUUACCAGAGUACAAAACUUCUGCGGUAAAAAAGAGCAAAUUUAUAAUAGCACAUUAUGGAAUGUUCAAAAGUUGUUGGGAUUGGCUAAUACUAAUCGCAACUUUCUACGUUGCCGUGGUAGUUCCAUACAAUGCAAGUUUCAUCAAUGAUGAAAGACCAUCUGUUAUAAUGGACGUGGUGGUAGAAGCACUUUUCUUUAUAGACAUAAUUUUGAACUUUCGUACUUCCUACGUGAAUAAAAAAGGCGAAGUGGUAUCUGAUUGGAAAUCCAUUUCCAUCAAUUACCUACGCACAUGGUUCUUAGUGGACCUGCUUGCAGCCCUACCCUUCGAUCUUUUAUACGCUCUCUACGGCGGAGAGAAAGUGGGUCCAUCACACACGCAUUUAGUUAAAUUAACUAGAUUACUGAGGUUAGCGAGACUGCUUCAAAAAAUGGAUAGAUAUUCCCAAUAUAGCGCAAUGAUUUUAACUCUUCUUAUGCUAUCCUUCACCCUCGUUGCUCAUUGGUUGGCGUGUAUAUGGUACGUCAUAGCUGAUAAGGAAAUUGAAAAAAACGAUUAUACUUGGGACUUGGGUUGGAUCCACACUUUAGCUGAACGCUUAAAGAUUUCAAUUGAAAAUGUUUCUCACGUAGACUCCUACGUCACAGCCCUCUACUUCACCUGCUCGAGUUUAACAAGCGUAGGUUUCGGUAACGUGAGUGCUAAUACAACCAACGAAAAAAUUUUUAGUAUUUGCACGAUGCUCAUUGGAGCGCUAAUGCAUGCCGUCGUGUUCGGUAACGUUACAGCUAUCAUACAAAGGAUGUACUCGAGAAGAUCGCUGUACCACACCAAAUGGAGAGAUCUGAAAGACUUUCUAACGCUUCAUCAAAUCCCGAAGGAACUGAAGCAAAGAAUGCAAGACUAUUUUCAGACCAUGUGGUCUCUCAACCACGGCUUAGAUAUUCAAGAGAUUCUUCGAGAAUUUCCUGAGGAACUUCGAGGUGACGUUUCUAUGCAUCUUCACAGGGAAAUACUGCAACUUCCGAUAUUCGAAGGCGCCUCUCAAGGCUGUCUGAAACUCCUGUCCUUACAUAUUAAAGCCAACUUUUGCGCACCCGGAGAAUACUUGAUUCAUAGAGGAGACGCACUGACAUACAUCUACUAUAUAUGUAACGGCUCAAUGGAAGUGAUACAAAACAAUAUGGUUGUUGCUAUUUUGGGAAAAGGUGACCUGGUGGGCAGCGAUAUCAGUCUACACCUUCAGCACUUCGCUAGUAAUCCAAGCGGGGGUGGCCCUACCAAUUCCAUAGACAUGAUCGUGAAAUCAAGUAGCGACGUGAGAGCGCUAACCUACUGCGAUUUGAAAUGCAUUAAUAUGCAGGGGCUUAUCGAGGUGCUCAGAUUAUAUCCGGAAUAUCAGCAGGAAUUCGCUAAUGAUAUUCAGCACGACCUUACAUUCAACGUACGCGAAGGAUAUGAGGCAGAGCAAGAAUCUGAACUGAACGGAGUUCCAUCAUUAAUUCUUCCAUCAAUUAGUGAAGACGAUGAAAACAUGCACGAAGACGAAACGUCACUUUUAUCGCCAAAGGCAUCUCCUGUCCAUACCUACAAUACAAGUCCUAGACAUGCCAAAUUUAAUUUUAGUUUGUUCCUUUGCAGAAGCCAGGACAGUUACGAAAGUUCAUUAAAAAGUCGUAGAACCGGUAGUACGUUUAAUAAUAAUCUCGCUUUACUUCGAGAAAGAGUCGAGAGACAGAGGAGCGUAGUUUUCAAUUGUAACAGGAUUUCCAGGACCGGAUCCUUAGAGGAACUGGAUGCUAAUGUUCGUCAUGAUGUCGAAAAUACUCGAAACAGUGUAGAGAGAUUAGAUAGUCAGGUGUCUUCCCUCCAUCAAGAUGUAGCAGCAUUAAGUAUAGAGGUACGAAACGCUAUCCAAGCUCUUCAAGAGAUGACAACACCCUCUUCAGUUGGAAGUAUGCAGUUUCCAGCUCGUUCAAAUCCUAAUAUUAACCAAUUUCCAAUAGCCAGUAAGGAGGAAGGUGGCUUUCUCGCCAGAAGUACGUCCCAACCACCCGAGAUGUUCUACUGGGAAGAGGAUGGUGUAAAAACCCGACUGUUACCAAUAACAUCGUUCAAAGACGAAAGCACCCAGACUAAUUGUGAAGAAUUAAUUUCACAAUACAUCCUACAGAAUCCUAGACGCGUCCUGUCCAUUUUAGGCUUAGAUCCAGACAAAGUUAGUUCCGAUUUUUACAAGGCCACAACGAUAGGCAAAAGUAGAACGUUCCCUGAUAACAUAUUCGUAAGAGGUUUGUCGAAAGGAAGUAGCGACAACGCAAAAUCAACGAAUCAUGACGAAUUUCCUAUGAUUACAUGGGAUGAGAAGGAAGACGGUAAAAAUAGCAGUAAUACUACGAAAAAUUGUCCUUUUUUUUGGGAUCCAACAAAUAUAAGAGACUGUAAAGCAACCGGGGAAGUGCUUGAAUCUAACGAACUUAGCCAUUCUUCAUCGUUACAAACAAAUAAUAAUUUCUAGUCGUUCUCCUACAUUAUCAAAUUUUAUCCUUUUUUCUCUAUCUCAGUUAUAAUAAUACCGUAUUGAAACAUUCAAUCAAUCAAAUUUCAAAAAUUAUUCUUGAUUAACAGUAAUAUAAACUCAGUAAAUGAUUAAUUACCUAAAAUGUUAACUAAUAGUUAUUUAAAACGAAAUCUUGAAGCACGGCCGUAGCUAGGGGGGCAU